UCAGAGAUUGUCACUAUUCAUUAUAUCUUAGGUUAUGCUACCUUCUCAGAUCUAGCAGCCCUUUGCUACUGAAAUUGUGUGAGUGUUCCUAGUGCCCUACAUCAUGAAGGAGAGUAAGCUUUUCGGGAUUCCAAGUAUCUGAGCGCUCCGUACCUUUCUCUAGCACCCUCGUUAGUGGCCCCCAGAACUCCCAUCCUCCAUCCUCCAUCCCAUUAGGGCGUUCAUCCCCCAUAACCUGGGGAAAGAAGGUGGAAAUCCAGUGAGCUGAGUAUCAUUAUUGAACUACAAUUCCCAUAAAGCUUGGGGCGCCAGUCACAGUAGAGAAAAAGACCCCAGAGCCUUCUGGGAGUGGUAGUCCUAGGCUAGAAACGCAUCUGCGAGGCUGGCAGAGGCACCAAGCCAGAAUCCUGGUCCCCAAGGUCAAGGAAGGGAGGACGCUGAGGGCCAGAAGCCUGGUCCUGGGCUCUGAAAGCCAGAGGACCCCGGACUUUUCUUCCGGGGAUGCUGGAAUGAAGUUCUCCGUAAGGCGAGCACCCUGUGACGUCAUGGAGAAGUAGGCGGGUCUCCCUUUGUUGCAGCCCAAUCAGAAGCAGAGUUGAGAUUCUCCGCGGAGGCCCAAGUCCUAGGAAAUAUUUUUUUGGAAUUAGGAUCUCGGAAGAGGACGUGGCAGGAGUUCCUGGUGCAACCGGGAGCUCCCGUGACACAUAUCCCCUUUCGAAAGCUGUCAACUUCACGCAGCCAAACUGUCCCUCACAAAACCUGAGUUACAGUCGUGGGAAAUAUUAAGGCAGAAGGACGCGGCACUGGGUUCCUCACAGUCUGAAUGGGAUCCUGAGCGAAUCCUGGGUUUGAGGGCACAAGUCAAGGAUCAAGCGUCAGCUGCGGUUUGGGGUGAGAGGACCCUCCUGGAAUUUUCUCUACUGAGUGCUCUGGCUUCAAUGGGGCCGUGUUUUGCCCUCCCAUUGGCUGCACUGGCCUGCUUCCUGCUUCCAGCGGGCUGCUGUGUCAUAUGUGACACUCGUAUUCUUGCGGCUCUAAAGUCCCUGGAGACGGAUUAUCUGCCUAAACUCAUGGGUCCUGAUGAAGUGAAUCGCACGUAUGCUAUGAUAGUGCGGACCGUGAAGGGAUUCUCGGAUCUACCAUAUGCUAAGCAAACCUAUAUGGGGGCCAUUGGUGAGAAAAGAUAUGAAAUGGUGAUCACGAGUUUCCUGGAGAAUCUGAAAAACAUCACAGAAAGUAAAACAAAAGGGAAGCAGAGCGUUGAGAACCUGAAAGAGAUGUUGCGCCUUGAAAAGAUAAACUUUGCAUUCCACGCUUCUAUGUUUCAAAAAGAAGAUUAUUGUUCCAACAAAUGUGGCGUCAUGUUUCAGUCUUUGAUAUGGUGCGACUACUGCAGUAAGCAGAUUCAACUUUGUAAGAAGAAGACCGAAGAAUGUGGGGAUCGUGUUGAGGAGAUCCAUGAACACGAAGCUUUAAACUUGAACUGUUUUCUCGAUUGGCACAAAGAAGCUGUUGGCCUCACGAACUACGUCUUUUACAGGGUUUGGGAGAACGAUUCUGAGACCGAGCUGUACAGAGGGAAGGAUCCAGUCUUUAAUAGGCCCUCCGCGUCUGUGAACGAUAGUGGCAGGUACCGCUGUGAGCUGGGCACUGUUUACAACAGGCCUUCCACGAUCAUUCAUUUUCUUGUCACAGUGCUUCCCCGUGACCUGCAGGGCUGGAAGCCAACGGGUGAAUUCGCCCCGGCUAAGACGGAGGAGGGGAAGAAAGAAGUAACCCCGAGCCCAGAACCGGAGACCACGACUGCCAAGCACCUGGAGGUUAAGAGUAUGCUGAAAGGGCGCAUCUAUGGCCUGCUUAUCUGCUUACUUAUAAUCCUGAUAGCAGCCAUUAUCUUCUGGCUAGUCACUCGGAAAAGGAAGAAAACUAAACCAAAGUCCUCACAGGCCAGCAUUGAUAGUAAAAGUUCUAAGAUAUCAAGGAAAAUGUCUUCAAAAUUGCAGAAGAAAUAA